CCCACCGCGGUGCCGCCCUGCUGGAGCCGGGGGCGGGCCGGCGGCUGAGGGGAGGCCGCUCCAGGUCCCAGUCCCGGCCCCAGAUCCCGGUCCCGGUCCCGGUCCCGGUCCCGGCGGGUCUGGCCAUGGUGCUGGUGGUGGUCAUGGGCGUGAGCGGCUCGGGAAAGACCACGGUUGGGUCGCGUUUGGCAGCGAAGCUGGGAUGGAAAUUCUAUGAUGCAGAUGAUUACCAUUCUUCAGAGAAUAAAAAGAAGAUGGCAUCAGGAAUACCACUAAAUGAUGAGGACAGGAUUCCAUGGCUUUGUACAUUGCAUGAUAUACUAAGGAGAGAAGAAUCAUCUAGACAAGAUGCUGUUCUGGCCUGUUCAGCACUGAAGAAAAUGUAUAGAUGUGUACUAGUCAGUGGAGUAUCUGCAAUUGAAAGCAACCAGCCAGAGAAACCAGGAGAAAAUGUAGCACUGAAGAUCCUCUUUGUUCAUCUGGAUGGUCCUAUAGAGCUCAUUGCUCGCCGCCUGGAGAAGAGGAGAGGACAUUUCAUGCCACUGGAACUACUCAAGUCUCAGUUUGACACUCUAGAGCCCCCUAAAGCACCAGAGAACUUUAUUACUGUCAGUCUAGAAAAAUCUCUUCCUGAAAUAAUGAUGGAGAUUGAGAAAGCCAUUUUUUCAGGGUAAGGCUUUUCCAGAGUAAGUUCCAAAACUACAAAUGCAGAAAUUCACCUGGCAAUACCAGGGUUAUGAAACAACAUUUUAAUUAAUCAAAGCAACUUGUUUUUCCCAAUACUUGAAUUAGAAUGUUAAGAGAUGGUUCACUACUCUUGAUAUUUUUAUCAUUUUAAAAUGCUAUUUAAAACACACGCAGUAUGAACUUUCAAAAAACUGUCAGCAAUGUUUGAAUUCCUUACCAUAUCAAGUUGAAAUGUGUAUUAGAAUCUAAGCAGAGCCAGCUUUUGAAAAUCCCAUCAAGGGUUGCACCCAUGAAUUAUUGUUUUUUGUUUUUCUUUAAUUUUUACUGUCAAACAUGAGAAAGGCACAUCUUCUAUUAAAUGAUGGAAUAAUGUACAGCUUUGUUAAAUGCAGUAUAUUUAUUUUCUUACUAGUAUAAAAGUAACAUGCAUGAUGAAAUUUCAUGCCUGACAUUGCCACUGUCUCACUGCCAGGUCUUUAACAAGUUGUAACUUCUGUGUUUGUGUUCUUACCAGCCUCCCCACGGCAGUGAGGAGGCUGGCAACUUCACCAGCUCUUCAGUACAUGCACUGAACCCCAAAUUGGAAAAUGUAAGGGGAAAAAAAAAACAGGUAACAGUUGUGGAGUAAUGUACAAAAUACAAUUGUCUGGAAAGCUUCAGAAAUAAAGUGUAUGGAGCAUCAUAUUGGCUUUUAUAUAAAAAAAUGUAUCCUUGGAUAAUAUACUGGAUGUGUCAACCAGUGAAGAUACCGAAUAUAAGAUUGAUGAAUCACACAACUCACGCUUCAAAGCAUCUUUGGAGUAAUUUUUACCUGGUUAACUAGUUGAAAAGCAUUUGCUUUAUCAUUUUGUAUUAAUAGUAAGCGCUUUGUGGCUUACCAUGCAAAUUGCUGUGCUUUGAUCAGUGCUAUAAAUGAGCACUGCAAACCCUCAGAAGCAAAGUGCAAGAGACGCCUGGGUGCUUAACAGCCUCACAUUUCAGAUACCUAGUGACUAGUCAGAAUAUAGAAGUUCAGUCAAGUAUGACAAAUAAAAGAAAUGGCACCCUCUUGUGGUACCUCUGCCUUUAAUUCAGUCUUUGUAUUUUCCCAAUACACCAUUAACAAGCAAAGUGCUUUUCUAGUACAUCAUCUGUUAAGUAAAGACAGGCUUUUUUUUUUUCCAGCUGCAAUAAACUAGAUCAAGGACACUACAGUAGACAGGAAAGCAAUUGCAUCCUGUCACAAACAUGAUUUAAACCCUCAAAUCAAAAAAGAAACUUGGUUGUUUUCAAUUGUGUUUUAAGAAGUUCGACUCCAGAUUUCAGAUCUGCACGUCCUGUGUUUAUAUUGUGCUCACAAAUUAGCCAGUACUAACAGAAAAUCCUGCUCAACACUUAACAGGUCUCUCACGACAUACAACAGCUCCCCCAGAUAUACUAAGAUUGUGCAUGUGUAUAGUGGGAGGUCACAGAACAGUCUCUGUACAUGUUUCAUUUACCUGCCCAAAUUAAGACUGUAUUAGGGAUGAUGUGUUCAGGGUAGGCACAAUUCAGGUUAUUUAUAUUUAGCUCAAAUUAUUUGGAUAGAAGUUUUUCUGUCCUUGUUUUGAAAUGACUUUAACAGAGGCAGCAAAAACUGGGGAGGAAACAUCUGGAAUUAGAAAUUGCUUUUCCUGCCUCAGACAUGAGUUCAAGUAUAGACACACGCUACCUCCUCAAGAAUAUGUGCCUAGUAGUUUGUAACAUGCUGUGUAAAUGCUGUACAUAACUACAAAAAGCACUUAGGAGCAUUUUGCAAUAUUAUAUUGAGGAAAUAAAAAUGAAAUGUUAGUUCCCA